GUGUUGAAAGUGUCUUUUUUCAUUAAUAUGCUUGAUUAACUCGGGCUUCGCCCUCAUUAAUCAAACUGCAAAUUCACGAAAAAAUGUAUCUAUUACACUAAAUUUCCCGUGUAAUUUUACGUAUAGCAAACGUCUAAUUGAAAAUGCUUACCUCAACACUAUUAUUCAAAGCGCCUGUCGUGUUCUUGUUGGAUUGGAGAUGAAAGUAAAUAAUUAUAAACAAAUAAGUACAAUAAUGUGUUUCAAAUUUUAAAAUGGCCUGAGUUCGGAAGCACGCCGCACGGGUGUAAAAAAUAGUGAUGAAUCGACUUUGUUCUUUUCUGAAACGAGAGCCGAGGAGAGCGAUCAUCAUUUCGCAGAAAUAUACACACUCUCAUUAGAAAUUGCAUUUUCAGCGCCUUAUAAAAGGGUGAUUAUUCAAAUUUUUUCCCAUUUCUAUUCGAGUAUUGCUUGCAAUUAGUCGUUGCGUUUGUGUGUUUAUUAGUUACCUAUCUGUUGGUGAGUUUUAUUAUUAUUAGCAGUAGUAGUUAUUCUUUUAAAUUUAUUAUUAUUUGACGUGCACGUAAUUCGAAGCGCGUUAUAAAAGAGGAAUUAUUCAGAUUUUUUCCAUUCCUGCUCUAGUAUUCGUUGUGUUUAGACGUGUUGUGUUUAUUAGUCGUGUUGGUACACGUAACUUCAGCUCGCUAUAAAAGGUGCAUUAUUCAGAUUUUUUCCAUUCCUGCUCUAGUAUUCGUUGUGUUUAGACGUUUUUGUUUAUUAGUCGUGUUGGUGAGUUUUAUUUUUAUUAGCAGUAGGUUUUUUUAGUUUAUUGUUAAAAUUCAUUAGACGUGUAAGAUGUUUGCAGAUUUAGUGAAACACAUUGCAGGUAUUUUAGGUGUGUUAAGAACUAAUUACAGCGAUAAAUCAGUUAGGGAAGGGAUAAGAGAGUGUGAUAAAGCGACACGUAGGAUUCGGAAUUCUUUGCGUGGAGCUUUACCUAUAGGUGAAAAACAACAUCAUGAGGCUUGUUUACGUAAUAUUAAAUCGAUGCGUAAGCAUUUUAAAUUAGAACAAAAGAGGGGCCAGGGUAUAGCAUUGAACAAAGAAACCGCAAAGCAUCGCGUUCAUUGGGAUGACUCCAUUUCAGCUUUUAGUAAUAGAAUACGGACUGGUGUUAUUACUAAUCUCAAACAUAAAGACCCCAGCCGCUUCUUAGUGGACUGUAAGGUAAUCUUCAAACGACAGGUUUUCAACGCCUUGAAAAAAGACGAGGCUGUGAAAGUAAAUGCGAUUUUUUGCGGGGAAUUUGUGAUUACUCAAGGGGAAAAAACUCUCAACGAAUAUAAGUACUUCACAACAUCAAAUGCGGCAAUAUAUAGAGGUACUGACAUAGAAGAGUGGUUUGAGGAAAAGGUUAGUAAACCCCUAAUGAAGAAGUUAUCGGAGUUUCAGGAAUGUAACAGCGGUUGGGCACUUCGAGCCGUCGUUAAUUUAGGGGUUAAUUUUAACAAAUUUACACCUCAACUUGGGUCUUCAUAUGUUGAGUUACCUCCGCAAAUUCAAACAAAAAAGGCCUGUGUUAACGUCAAGAACGAGGAUCAUGCGUGCUUUGCGUGGGCGGUGGUUUCAGCAUUAUAUCCUGCUGAUAAACAUCCUCAAAGAAUAUCUAAAUACCCUCACUACUCGUCUGUGCUUAAGCUAAAAGGGAUCCAGUUUCCGAUGACCAUGAGACAAAUUUCGAAUUUUGAAAAACAGAACAAUAUCUCCAUUAAUGUGUACAUUUUGAAGAAAGAGAAAAAGGAUCAGUUUAGUACCCUGCCUACAUACCUAACUAAGGAAAAGAUGGAUAAACAUGUGAACCUGCUUUUAGUGCAAGACUGCUAUGAACAACCCACUAAAUUCCAUUAUGUUUGGAUCAAAAAUCUUUCACGGCUAGUAUCUAAAAAGUUAGGCAAAAGGAAUGGACAAAAAUAUGUUUGUGAUAGAUGUUUACACUAUUUUCAUUCUGAAGACAAAUUAAUUAAGCAUACUGGAGAUUGUAUGCAGAAGAAUGAUACCGCAAUCAAGAUGCCUACGGAAGAAAAAAAGAUGUUGAAGUUUAAAAAUUUUAAAAAUAAAAUAAAAGCCCCCUUCGUAGUAUAUGCAGAUCUCGAGAGUGUCCUGAAACCUAGCGCGAAAAAGACCGCAUACCAGCAACAUAUUCCGGCAGCUGUGGGAUACUACUUCAAGUGCUCAUAUGACGAAUCUCUUUCAUUCUACAAUAGUUACCGUGGUGAAGAUUGUAUGCGGUGGUUUGCUGACGAGAUGAAUCAACUCGCGGAAGAUGUCUCUACUGUGUUUCUUUGCCCCUAUAAGAUGCAAAUGACUCCACAACAAGAAAUCGAAUUCCAAACAGCAACUCACUGCCACAUUUGCGAACAGCCAUUUACAGCAGGGCAGAAGAAGGUUCGAGAUCACAAUCACCUCAUUCCAGAGAACAACUUCCGCGGAGCUGCAUGUGAAAUUUGUAACGUCAACUAUCAGGACACUCAUACAAUUCCGGUAGUAUUCCACAACUUGAGUGGAUAUGACGCUCACUUUCUUAUAACGGAUAUUGCCACUAGAAUGGGUGGUAAAAUCGACUUGCUUCCUAUAACCAAAGAAAAAUAUAUCUCUUUUACCAAACAUAUCAACGAGUCACGCAUCAACUUUAGAUUUAUAGAUAGCUUCCGGUUUAUGGCAUCAUCCUUAGAUAAAUUAUCAUCAGCUCUAACAGAAUUUCCCAAUCUCAAGUCACAAUUCUUUGCUCUACCUGAAGAUCAAUUUAAUCUUUUAACUAAAAAGGGUAUUAUGCCGUAUGAUUAUUUAGACUCAUUUACCCGUUUCGAUGAGCCUUGCCUCCCUCCUCAAGAUGCGUUUUACAAUAAAUUGGAAGAUAAGCCUUGUCCCCGUAGGAUGUAUCGUAGAGCUCAAGAGGUGUGGAGCAAAUUUAACUGCAACAAUUUAGGUCAAUACGUUGAGUUAUAUAUGAAGACCGAUAUUCUCCUCCUUGCGGAUGUAUUUGAACUAUUUAGAUCAAGCUGUAUUAGUACUUAUGAUUUAGAUCCAGCCCACUACUUUACACUGCCAGGCUUUACUUGGGAUGCCAUGUUGAAACACACGCGGCAAGAGUUGGAACUCCUUACCGACCAAGAUAUGUUUCUUUUUAUUGAGCGAGGUAUUCGAGGAGGUUUGAGUCAAGUCUGCUCUAAGAGAAGAGUCCACGCAAAUAAUAAAUACAUGCCCAAGUAUGAUUCAGCGAAACCUGAUGUAUAUUUGAUGUACAAUGAUAUUAAUAACCAAUAUGGAUGGAGUAUGAGUCAAUAUCUUCCUUAUGGGGGGUUUCAAUGGGUAGAUGCCAACAUCGAUGUUACUAUGAUCCCGGAUGAUGCAAAUGAAGGCUACAUUCUAGAAGUUGAUUUGGAGUAUCCAAAGCAGUUGCAUGACUUACAUCAAGAUUUACCAUUCUGUGCAUUACAUAUCAACCCGAAAACCAUGAAACCACCAUCUAGAGCUAAAGAAACUUCAAAACUCAUGGCAACCCUAAAUCAUAAAGAAAAAUACGUCAUCCACUAUCGCGCCUUGAAACAAGCAUUAGCUCACGGCUUAGUUCUCACUAAAGUACAUAGAGUACUAAAAUUUAAACAGUCCCCUUGGCUAAAGUCCUACAUUGACUUGAAUACGAACCUAAGAAGAAAUGCCAAGAAUGAAUUUGAGAAGAACUUGUUUAAGUUGAUGAACAACGCAGUCUUUGGGAAGACCAUGGAAAAUGUUAGAAAACGACUUGACGUUAAAUUAUUAUCCAAAUGGGAGGGUCGUUAUGGUGCAGAAUCAUAUAUCUCAAAACCAGAAUUUAAAUCUUGCGUUAUAUUUAAUGAGAACUUGGUGGCGGUAGAAAUGAAUAAGCUUGAAGUAUAUUUAAAUAAACCUAUAUACGUAGGUCAAGCCAUUCUUGAUUUAGCUAAGACGACCAUAUACAGCUUUCACUACGACUACAUGAUGGAUAGAUUUGGAGGUAACUGUACUGCCGUUUAUACUGAUACCGAUAGUUUAAUUUAUGAAAUUCGAGAGCAAGACCCGUAUAUGGUUAUUAAAAGCGAUUGUUUUAAAUAUUACGAUACCAGCGAUUUUAACCCUAACAACCCAUAUGACAUACCUCUUGUAAAUAAGAAAGUCUUGGGUAUGAUGAAGGAUGAAAAUAAUGGGAAAGUAAUGACUGAUUAUGUAGGAUUGCGAUCUAAACUGUACACGACCAAAGUAUUAACCACCAAGGAUGAUUUAAUAAAAUUGCGUCAGAAAUUAGAAGCGGAAGAGUAUGAGGAGGAUGAAAUUGCUACGAUUAUUAAAAAUUAUGGUUUGAUAAAAAAGGCAAAGGGGGUAAAGAAAAGUGUAGUCGAGACUAAAAUUUCUUUUGAUGAUUAUGUGGAAUGUCUGGAGACAUUUAAGCGCAAAACAGCAUCUCAAAAUUUGAUUCGGACAGAUAAACAUCAAGUGUAUUCUAUAACACAGUCGAAAAUUGCUCUAAGUCCCGAAGACGAUAAGAGGUAUCUAAUUCCCGGCUCAUUUAACACUCUUCCGUGGGGCCAUUAUGCUAUUGAUAAACCUCAAGAUGUUGCCGAUAACCCGAUGGAUGUUGAUUAAUGUGCAGAUUUGGUAUCCCUCCUAAUGUAUUUUUGAAUUAGUUUUUCUAUAUCAAUCUAUUAAUUUACCAACCCACACUUUUUUUUACUUAACCAGACCUACAAUAGAUUAAUUCUUAACAAAGAAACCUGUUAGGCCUCCAUUGUUACUUUCCCUCUACAUACAAAGUAUGUAUAAAGGAAAGUAUUGUAAUCGUGAUAAAUUUUCGAUAUGCCAAUAUUGCGUUUUCUGGACGUUUAGAAGCACUCAGAUGAGCCCCAAUGGGCAUGUGAGGAUCGUGGAUGUUGCGGAAAGUUAUCUUGAAUCGGAUUAAUCAAGGAGAUAGUUGUACUCUCUGCAAUUAUACAUCAGAAACCACUUCUGCUUCUGAUCAAAUGUGAUAACAUUACGUCUGAUUUAUAUGUAAACAAUGUACCUUUUUGAGUUAUGUUAAUAAAUGAUAUAUAAACACCAAGGAGUUUUCAUUUCUCUACGGAAUAAUAGGGACGUUUUUAAAAAUUGUACACUAUUUCCUUUUUUUUUCAUCAUAAUCACCGUUCCGAUCAAUCCAUCUUUUUGAAUCUACCCCGCAUGUUAUUCCUCGAUGUUUCGUCAGAUACGUGUGGACUAGCGUUGCGCUGCCUUCUUGUUUUGUAUUCCGGUGUGAAGGUUCUCCAACGUCUCACAGCGCUCCGGUAGGCAGGAAUUCACACAACCCCGGUCCUAAAAAGAAAACUCAGGCAGACGGCUUUGGUGAUGAUGUUUCCAUUGGCGGAUUUUUGUUUCCGGAGUCGUGUAGGGAACUUAGCUCUCGUCCACCGGCGCAAUCUUUUUUGCACAAAAAAAACGAAUCGAGUCGGGCAUGCGGAUGGAAAUCUGCAACUGUUGUGGAAAGUUAUAUGGAUUAAUCAAAGAGAUAGUUGAACUCUCUGCAAUUACACAUCAGAAACCACUUCUGCCUCUGAUCAAGAAUAUUAUACGUUUAAUUUAAAUAUAAAUAAUAUACCUUCUUGAGUUGUGUUAAUAAAUGAUAUAUAAACAUCAAGGAGUUUUUCAUUUCCCUAAGGAAUAAUUUGCGAUUUCACUCUCGCGAAUGUUCUUCUUCUACCGGGAGCUGGUACCUACGUAAAAUAAGGUUCCCAAUUAUUUUCACAAUGAAAAAUUAUGUUUAUUGGUAUUUUUGGAAACUUUACACUAUUUCAUCAUAAUCACCGAUCCGAGCGAUCCAUCUUUUUGUAUCUACCGUCGCAUGUUCCUCUUCGGUGUUUGGUCAAGUCGAGGAAGAGACACUAGAACUGUAAGAAGGGUGUGUGUAUGUUGUACGUGUGGACUAGCGCUGCGCUGCCUUCAUGUUUUGUAUUGCGGUCUGAAGAUUCUUCAACGUCUCAUAGCGCUCCGGUAGACAGGAAUUCGUACAACCCCUUUAGCGAUGAUGUUUCCACAGACGGAUUUUUGUUUCAUUUUCCGGAGUGAACCCAGCUCUCGUUCACCGGCGCAAUAUUUUUGCACACACAAAAAACGAAUCACGUAAUGUUGGGAGAGUCCAUCUCUAACGGCAAGAGUGAGUGUCGCUGGGUGGAGAAUUGGUAGGAGGAAGAAUCAAGCUAUAUGCCAGUGCGGAAUUCGGUUACUGUUUGUGUCUGCAUCUUAUGUAUUUUUUUACUUUUUAAAUUGUAAUCAUUUGACAUUCAAAAAUUAUGGUAGGCCUAUUAGUUGUUUUUUAUAUACUCUAUAUAUAAGAAAUUUCUAAUGGGGAACCCUAUAACGAGGCCAAUAAACACCUCCAAUAAAAUUACAUUAUUUUAAUGUGAAUUUAUUGCCUCCUGGGUGGCCGUGGAAAGAGGUGUAUCUAUAAGACGAACAUUCUCAACCGCUGCCUAUGCCUCUACCAUGACAACUGGAACUUCUUACAGAAUAACAACGGAAUUUUUUCAGAAUUCUCGAGGUUUUUCGUAUAAAAUCUGCUUACCCUUCAUCAGUCGUGCAUACCGAAUUUGCAUGAAGGUUUUUCGUAUAAAUUCGGCCUUCCCUUCAUUGGUGAGCGAAUUGUACCGGUGUAUAUCCUGUUUAUCAUUUUCUGUAUAUCAGCCAGUUUGCUCGGUGUUGAUAGUUUACAUUC